AUCUGUAUUGGAAUGAACUAAAAUCUCUGCACUUCCUUUUUUUCUUUUCUUUUACUAGAAGUACUAAUAUUUUAUUUUCUGCUCGUAAAACGAUGCAACCAAGACAAAAAUGUCUUCACACCCAUCUCUCUCUCUCUGUUUCUCAAGAUUUGUCUGAGCGAAGCUCCUUUAUCAAGUUUUCUCCUUCAAUAAGCGUUUUGGAUUCUUCCUCUGUAAUAUUCAUUUAAGUGAUUCCCCCAACUACCUUCCUUUUUCGCGUGGUGAAAGCUACUGCUCACUCUGUUCUUCUUAAUUCUCACAACCUCCAUUAAAGGCAAAAAUACAAAACCUCAAGACUUGUCAUUUUUCCCGACUAAAUCAAUCUCCUCUUUUUCUUUUUGGUCCUUCCAAAUGGGUUCUUUAUUUUGUUCUGUUUUGUAACCACUGUGAGAGAUUUCAGGGAAGAACAAAUCCAAAGUUUCGAUUUUUAUUAUUUGUUUCGUCAAUUUGAAGAAAUGGGUAGUCAUUCGAUUCUCGAGAAAAUGGGAUGUUCAAACUCGAAAACAUCGAUGAAGAAGAAGAACAAUGAGCCGCUUCAGCUAUGUAAAGAGAGGAAGAGAUUUGUCAAACAAGCCAUGGAUUCGAGAUGUGCUUUAGCCGCCGCACACGUGUCAUACAUCCGUUCACUCCGGAACAUCGGAGUUUGUCUCCGUCAAUACGCGGAGGCGGAUACGGCUGAGGAAUCAUCUCCGUCGUUAACCGCCACCGAGCCUGAGAAAUCCCCUUCUCAUAACUCCUCUUACCCUGACGACUCGCCUCUGAGUCAUAUCUCGAAUCCUAACCCUAACCCUAAACCCCUUGUGAAUCUAAGCUACAUGAAGACGGAUACUGCUAAUUCUGCUGUGACUUUCACGAUUAACCCUCUGAGUGACGGCGACGACGAUCGAGAGGAGACAACGCCGGCGUUUUCUCCUCCUCCACCGCGUCCCCGCCGGCCGGAGACGUCUUCUUGGGACUAUUUUGACACUUGUGACGAUUUAGAUAACUUGAAGUUUGUAGGGCUAAGUGAACAAACCGAGAUUGAUUGUGACGCAGCAUUUAUAGGAUUAGGGAAUGUACCAAAAUGUGGCUCAGAGACUUUGCAAGACUCGAGUUUUAAAGCAGAGCAGAGGAAACAGAGUUGUGAAGAUGAUAAUGAUGAAGAAGCUGGGAAUGGUGAAAGAGAGGAUCCAUCAGAGUUCAUCACACAUAGAGCUAAAGACUUUGUGUCGAGUAUGAAAGAUAUAGAGCAUAAGUUCUUUAGAGCUUCUGAAUCUGGGAAAGAAGUUUCAAGAAUGCUUGAAGCUAACAAAAUCAGAGUCAGAUUUGCUGAUAUGACAGGAAAGGGGAGUUCAAUAUCGUUUCUUGCAGCUUUAAAGCGAGCUUGUUGUAGAGGGAAGCGUUCUUCACCACUUUCUCAAGAGUCAUUGAGUCAUCAAGUUACUAAAGUCAUUGUGUGGAAGAGAACAUUGUCUUCAAGAUCCUCAACGUCUAGAAAUCCAUUGAUCCAGACAUCAAAAGAAGAUCAUGAUGAUGAAAGUGGAAGUGAUUUCAUCGAAGAGUUUUGUAUGAUCUCAGGAAGUCACUCCUCUUCGCUUGAUCGAUUAUACGCGUGGGAGAGAAAAUUAUAUGAUGAAGUCAAGGCGAGUGAGGUGAUUAGAAAAGAGUAUGAUCGAAAAUGUGAGCAGUUAAGAAACCAAUUCGCAAAGGAUCACAGCGCUAAAUCGAUGGAUAAAACAAGAGCAGCUGCUAAAGAUCUUCAUUCAAGAAUCCGAGUCGCGAUUCAGGCUGUUGAUUCGAUUUCAAAGCGGAUUGAGAGAAUCAGAGACGACGAGCUCCAGCCACAGCUCUUAGAGUUUCUUCAAGGGCUGAUAAGAAUGUGGAAAGCAAUGCUUGAAUGUCAUCAUUCACAGUACAUUACCAUUUCACUGGCUUACCAUUGUCGAAAUUCCUCCAAAACAGUGCCUGAGAACGCGCUCAAGAGACGGGUUUUGUCAGAACUUGUAGAAGAAUCAGAGUGUUUUGGUCUAAGCUUUGUAGAUUUGGUAAACAGUAUGGCUUCUUAUGUGGAAGCUCUCAAUGGUUGGCUUCACAACUGUGUCUUGCUCCCUCAAGAACGGUCUUUAAGAAACCGAAGACCUUGGUCCCCCCGGCGUGUCCUGGCUCCACCAAUAUUCGUGCUGUGUCGAGAUUGGUUGGCUGGGAUCAAAUCUCUUCCUGCGGAUGAACUCAGCGGGUCAAUCAAGGAGUUCACAUUGGAUAUGGAGAUGUUGGGGGAAGAAAGAGGUGGUUCGGUGUUGGUUUCGGAUUUAUCAAAUGUGCAUUCGAGUUUGGCGAAGCUUCUAGAGAGAUUGAAAAAGUUUUCGGAAGCUUCUUUGAAAAUGUACGAAGAUGUAAAGGUGAAAAGUGAAGCAGCUAGAGUUGCUUACACUAAUAAUAAUUCUAACUGCAAUGCACCAGCGAGGUAUUAAUGUAAUUAUAACUAAACAUUCUCCAAUCAAAAUUUUUCCAUA